AAAAUACAUCAUACUCGCGUCUCAUUCGGACGGAUGCAUCUCACUGCAUUUCUUUAUUUUUUCCCACUGUAACAAGCAGACCGGAUACUGUUAAGUAGUGGGGGUCGCUCGACGCCGUCCUGGGUUUGCACUGAUAGGAUGCUGGUGCCUUUCUAUUUCAUACCUGGAACGAGGAAGCGCUGAAGGUGUUUAAAACCGAAGACUGCAAAACAGCUGAGGAGAAAGACGCUCACAGUCGCUGGAACAUUGGAUCCGAAGCUCCGGGUGACUCGCGUGUGAGAAACGGCCAUAGAGGUCAUUUUGGUGUAUUGGAUGAUUUCGGGCGAAGCAAAUAGAAACAACAAACAAGCGAGAAAGAAUACCUAAAAAGUCCUAGCAAUUUCAUGCUAAAAUUCAGCUAUAGGCGGAACCGCACUUGGAAGCGAUUCAGGCAAUAUUUUGCACCUUGCUGUCGGACAGAGUAGACGAUUUUCAUUUAAAAUAAAAUAUUGUGAUUUAACUAUUAAACUAUAUAACGCACAUACACCUCCUUAAAAUUACAAUCUCAAACUAGAAAGCUGGUCACUUUCUGGUUUCUGUAUUGUUAUUUUGUAUUAUUGUUCAUUUUUCGUACAUUUGGGCAAACAUACAUGUAUAUCUUUUUUUUUUUUUUUUUGAAAAAAGGGUAAUACUAUCACUUUAGUGCAAUAUAUUGCUGGCCAUCCAUUUUGCACUCAGGGAGGGUCUGCACGUGAGCGCCAUACGUAACUGUAAAGCAGAUUGCUUAAAUAUUACUGUAUUAUCGUUAUUUCUGUUAUAAAAAUAAUUUUAAAAAAAUACACAGGGUCACUUUUUAAAAAAAAAAAAAGUUUACCUCUCUCCUUGUGUGAGUAUUUUACGUGUUAUUUGGUAAUAAUCAGUGAAACACCGAAACCAGCAAAAUAAGGAUAGCUGCAUUUGUGCCUUUUAAAAUCGUGACUCGUGAUUUGCGCUUUAUGUUGAUUCAUGUAUAGCAGUACUAGUGUUUACUUUUUCCCCCAAAGAAAAAGCUGAUGAAGUAGCAUUCGUUGAUUUCAGUUCGAUUAAUGAGGUGUCCUGGACAACAGAAAACUCAAGAAAAUUCAAGCCGCUUUUCACCACAGACAUCGUGAAAUAUUUAAGCUGUAAAGACUGGUGCUUGUUGUUAUUGUGUAGGGAACUAAGGACCAUAACAAGAAAAAAUCGAAUUGUGUGCGGGUGUGCAAACUGACCAAAGUUGUAAUAAAGCCAUAAGCACCGGCAAGUCCACACAUACCAGCAGAAAUUAUCCACCGGACUGUACAACCGUGAAAGCAAAAUGACUGACGGUCCGAGACAGAGGGGAAACAAGGCAGGCGAAUCGGCCGGCGACGCGGCGAAGGACGCGGGCGCCUCCGGGGUGGCUCUGAAGAAGGAGAUCGGCCUUGUGAGCGCCUGCGGGAUUAUUGUGGGUAACAUCAUCGGGUCGGGGAUCUUUGUGAGCCCGAAGGGGGUUCUGGAGAAUGCGAGCUCGGUGGGUCUGGCGCUGAUUGUCUGGAUCAUCACCGGCAUCAUCACCGCCAUCGGGGCGCUGUGCUACGCCGAGCUCGGCGUCACCAUCCCCAAAUCCGGCGGGGACUACUCCUAUGUCAAGGACAUCUUCGGAGGACUAGCGGGGUUCCUGCGCCUCUGGAUCGCGGUGCUGGUGAUCUACCCGACCAAUCAGGCGGUGAUCGCCCUCACCUUCUCCAAUUACGUCCUGCAGCCACUGUUCCCCACCUGUCUACCCCCGGAGAACGGCCUCCGCCUCCUGGCUGCGGUCUGCCUGUUGCUGCUGACCUGGGUUAACUGCUCCAGUGUGCGAUGGGCAACCCGGGUUCAGGACAUCUUCACGGCGGGGAAGCUUCUGGCCCUGGCCCUCAUCAUUAUCAUGGGUGUGGUGCAGAUCUGCAAAGGGGAGUACUACUGGCUGGAGCCAGCCAACGCCUUUGAGAGUUUUCAGGAGUAUGACGUGGGGCUGAUCGCCCUGGCCUUCCUGCAGGGCUCCUUCGCCUACGGCGGCUGGAACUUCCUCAAUUACGUGACAGAGGAGCUGGUUGACCCCUACACGAACCUGCCCCGCGCCAUCUUCAUCUCCAUCCCGCUGGUGACCUUCGUCUACGUCUUCGCCAACAUCGCCUACGUCACCGCCAUGAGCCCCCAGGAGCUGCUGGCCUCCAACGCCGUCGCCGUGACGUUUGGGGAAAAGUUACUGGGGGUGAUGGCAUGGAUCAUGCCCAUCUCUGUGGCCCUCUCGACCUUCGGAGGGGUCAAUGGCUCCCUCUUUACCUCGUCCCGGCUGUUCUUUGCGGGGGCCAGAGAGGGUCACCUCCCCAGCCUGCUGGCCAUGAUCCACGUCAAGCGCUGCACUCCCAUCCCAGCCCUGCUCUUCACCUGUCUCUCCACCCUGUUGAUGCUCUGUACCAGUGACAUGUACACGCUCAUCAACUACGUGGGCUUCAUCAACUACCUCUUCUACGGAGUGACUGUCGCCGGGCAGAUCGUGCUGCGCAUCAAACAGCCCGACAUGCACCGGCCAAUCAAGGUUAGCCUUGUGUGGCCGGUGAUCUACCUGCUAUUCUGGGCUUUCCUCCUCAUCUUCUCCCUGUACUCGGAGCCCGUGGUGUGUGGCAUCGGCCUGGCCAUCAUGCUCACCGGCGUCCCCGUCUACUUCCUGGGCGUGUACUGGGACAACAAGCCCCAGUGCUUCAACACCUUCAUCGAUAAGAUGACAUACGCGGGCCAGAAGUUUUGUGUGGUGGUGUACCCAGCAGAGGAAGGGGGUGGAGACACAGAGAGCGAGGCAGAGAGGGACGGAGGGAAGGAGGAGAGGUGUCCUCUCUCAGAGGAGGAGGGUGGGGCGGUGAAAUCGGCAGAGUGCUGAAAAACACGCGCACACACGCACGCACACACACACGCGCGCACACACACACACACGCACCAGCAUUAUAACAACCACGAGCGCAUUAUCAAACUAAGAUGAAGGAAACUGAAGAAAAGACGGGUGGAGAAAAGAACUAGUCUGUCAUGUCUUACACUGCCGCUCUGCCAAUGUUUAAAUGGUACAAAACCAAAACCCGCAUGCAAUAAAGGCUGCCUGCAUCCCCUCAUUCCUCUCACCGGACUCAUCACUAGACCACACCCCCGAUACCUGGCUCCACCCUCCUUUGCCCUUUGUUAUGCCACACCCCUUCCUCAUCUGGCUCCACCCCCCAUCCAAGCAAGCACUCCCACCUUCACGCUGCACUGUAAAGCACCAGCAAACCGAUGUUUCUCUUUACACGGAUUUCAUAACAUAUAGAAUUUGCUUUUUUUCAGUUUUGUUUUAAAUAUAUUUCAUUUUAAGUUUUAUUUUUGUCAAAAUACAAAAGCUAGUUUUCUGAAUGCUCUGUGUUCAAACAGCAAAUCAUGGUUUUUAUUUAAAAAUACACCUAAAACAUCUGUUUUUGUUUAAAUGUUUAAUUUUGAUUCCAAAGUGGGUUUCAUAAUUGUAAUAAUUGUUUCUAGUUCUCGUUUUUACUAUUACGUUGUUUCAGUUUUCGUUGAGCAACAUGAAAACAAGGGUCUACUUUGUAUCCCCGGGAUGAUGGAGGCAUACAUUUUAGACUCAGGUGUGUGAUUUGGUUCAGUGCCUGCCAGAAUCUUGUCAUGUUCAAUAGUAGUCCCAGAUUUUUACAAAUGCCUUAAUUAUGAUAUAAUCUGUACUUAGAUAUCUGCGAUUAUAAUUUUGUUAUUCCUACUGGAUGAUAAUUCAUUCUGAUACUUUUUAAAGAAACAGUUUUUUCUGUUUCUUUAAAUUAUGCUGACACAAAACAAAGAAGCAAUACCGUAAUUAAAUCUAAUCUUGGUGGCUUUGUUUGACAUAAGCAAAUAGUGAUGGACGUCCUUAAAAAGAUGUACAGACACAAAGAACAGACUCAGACAGACAGACUGACCCAUGCUCUCUUAAAAUUAGAGGCAGGCAGA